AUGUUGGCGCUCACUGCCCGUAACGCUGUUCCCCAUACGCUCUCUUGGUGCCGUUCCAAACAGAGAGCGGGCGAAGAGGCGGAACUAAAAUUAGUUUGGCGUCGUUCCAUAUGGCCCUCCGUCCGAGUUUUGUUUUAUAACCGAUACCUCGCUGGCUAUAAGCUGAGGCCGAAUAAUCCUCGAUCGCUUCCAAUCGCCUGGUUCUUGCGGUGCGGUCUGCGUGCGGUCCACCACGGCGUAAUCACCUCAUCUGCUCCUCUUUAG